AUGUGGUGCCCCAGCAUGCCCUUUGCAGGUGAUGUCACACCCACCAUUCAUCAGCACUGGAGAAUGGAGCCUGCCUAUAGGGGCACCAAUGCCUCUGCUCUGGAAAAAGACAUUGGUCCAGAGCAGUUUCCAAUCAAUGAACACUACUUUGGGUUGGUCAAUUUUGGGAACACCUGCUACUGUAACUCUGUGCUGCAGGCAUUGUAUUUUUGCCGGCCAUUUCGGGAGAAUGUGUUGGCAUACAAGGCCCAACAGAAAAAGAAGGAAAACCUCUUGACAUGCCUGGCAGACCUUUUCCACAGUAUUGCUACUCAGAAGAAAAAAGUUGGAGUGAUUCCACCAAAGAAGUUCAUUUCAAGGUUACGAAAGGAGAAUGAUCUCUUUGACAACUACAUGCAGCAAGAUGCACAUGAAUUUUUAAAUUACUUGCUAAAUACCAUUGCAGACAUCCUGCAGGAAGAGAAGAAGCAGGAAAAGCAAAAUGGGAAACUAAAAAAUGGCAACAUGAAUGAAGCUGAAGAGAACAAUAAACAAGAACUCACCUGGGUGCAUGAGAUUUUUCAGGGAACACUGACUAACGAAACUAGAUGUUUGAACUGUGAAACCGUUAGUAGCAAAGAUGAGGAUUUUCUUGACCUUUCUGUUGACGUGGAGCAGAACACAUCCAUUACGCACUGUCUGAGAGACUUCAGCAACACAGAAACAUUAUGUAGUGAACAGAAGUACUACUGUGAAACUUGCUGCAGUAAACAAGAGGCACAGAAAAGGAUGAGAGUAAAAAAGCUGCCAAUGAUCCUUGCAUUGCACCUCAAGAGAUUCAAGUACAUGGAGCAGUUACACAGGUACACCAAACUCUCUUACCGUGUGGUAUUUCCUCUGGAGCUACGUCUCUUCAACACAUCCAGCGAUGCAGUCAACUUGGAUCGCAUGUAUGACUUGGUGGCUGUUGUCGUUCACUGUGGCAGUGGACCUAAUCGUGGGCAUUAUAUUACCAUUGUGAAAAGUCAUGGAUUUUGGCUUUUGUUUGAUGAUGACAUUGUAGAGAAAAUAGAUGCUCAAGCUAUUGAAGAAUUCUAUGGUCUGACCUCUGAUAUAUCAAAAAAUUCAGAAUCUGGUUAUAUUUUAUUCUAUCAGUCAAGAGAGUGA